AACCGUCAGGCAGACACGUGUCUGCUUUCUUUAAUGGAAGAGAAACUAAAUUGGGAACAAGAUGGGUGAUCACUCUUGCUCCAGUUUAGCCAUGUGACCUCAGGAAUGCAACUUAACCUGUGAUUUUCCUCGUUCGUAAGCUGUAGGGAAAAAUAAUUUGUCUUCUGAUUUACUGAGGCAUAUUGUAAAGAAAAAAGUGGGGGCUGUGAAAUGUGUUUGGGGUGCCCUGGAAGAAAGGAAUGCUGUAUAAAAUCGUGGUAGUACAGUGAUUAUUAAAUAACUCAAAACAUGGAGUUGUCAUUUUCCCAAGUUGGAAUUACAGCUCGUUUAAGCUCAUUCUCUGGUUAUGCUCUGUUUGGGAGGCAUAAAACACUGGAAUUUCUUCCAUUUUAAAUGUUUGCCGAGAUUGUGUGGAUCUUCUUCUAAAGUGGAAGCUGCACAAAAAAGCCAUUUGGUGGUUGAGCUAUUUGAUCUUGGGGAUGUGCUGAUGACCACGGAUGAGAACAGAAAUGAUCAAGAAAAGACCAAUGUAUAGCUUAAUGGAUCCAGAAGCUCAAAAAGAGAAAAGAAAGGCUCAUGACGACGAGAAAGUGGUUGCAGAGAUCAUGCAGAGAUGUUUCGUUCCAACUUCUAUAACAACCACCUGCUGGGAGGGAUUUCAUUUUGUUGGUCAUGAGAUUCGGAUUACUGAAGCCAUGGAUUGCUAUGGUGCUGUUGUUUGGCCAUCGGCCCUUGUUCUCUGCUAUUUUCUGGAAACAAAUGUAAAGCAGUAUAACAUGGUUGACAAAAAUGUGAUUGAAAUCGGAGCUGGAACUGGGCUCGUCUCCAUUGUGGCAAGUUUACUGGGUGCACACGUGACGGCCACAGAUUUACCUGAGUUACUGGGGAAUCUGCAAUACAAUCUUUCCCGAAACACCAAAAUGAAAUGCAAGCACUUGCCUCAGGUGAAAGAACUCUCCUGGGGCGUGGCUUUAGACAAGAACUUCCCCAGGUCGUCCAACAGCUUUGACUACAUCCUGGCCGCCGAUGUGGUCUAUGCGCACCCCUUCCUGGAAGAGCUCCUGCUCACCUUCGAGCACCUGUGCCAAGAAACCACCGUCAUCCUCUGGGUCAUGAAAUUCAGGCUGGAAAAGGAAAACAGAUUCGUAGAUAGAUUUCAGGAGCUCUUUGACCUGGAGGAGAUUUCCAGUUUCCCUAGCCUGAAUAUUAAGUUGUUUAAAGCCACGAAGAAAAAUCGGAGGAAUGCGUGAUAUCCUCAAAGGAAGACUUGGAAAGUGGAGGUAGUUUCCGGUAGAUUAUGGCUUUAACAAAGAUCCUGGAUAAUCUGAUGUAGCACUGACUUUCCCCAGGGGAAACACACACACACACACACACACACACACACACACACACACCCUCACA